ACUGUGCCAUGCUUAGGGCCUUUCUCUCCUCUGUCCCAGGGCGGAGUUCAAGCAAGAAGUAUUGCGGAAGAAGCAUCAGGAGCGCCUUGAUAAAGAGAGUGGGGAGGAGGCGAUGGAGGAGCACCGGAAGCUGAUGGCAUGGAACAAUGCUGAGAACGAGCGGCUGCAGAAAAAACGGGAGAAGCGACUUAGAAGAGAGGAGGAAGAAUUGCAGGACCGUAAGUUACAAGGAGCCCUCAACCAUGCCAGGUUAAUGGAGGAUUUUCUUAAGCAGAAGGAGAGAGAGGUCCUACAGUUGCAGGAGGAAACCAGAAAUUUCAUCACCCCUGAAAACCUGGACAAACGAAUUGAAGAGUGCCUGGAUAAUCCUUGCAACUACAACUUUGCCAUCGAUAAAGAAGGACGCAUCGUUAAGCGGAGCGUGCCAUCCUAAAGGCUCUCUCUUGAUCGGGACAGUUCAGAUGGGAGACUUUCCCAUGGCUUCCAUCCAGAUGCAGUGCUCAGGGCAGGAGCAUGAGGAAAGGCGAACAUGCAUAUAAGUCGACUGUGGAAUUUCAUUUAGACAAGCAGCCCUCUGGUGCCAGUCACAAUUCCUGCCUUGAAAGGCUGUCAUCUGCUUCAUAACUCAUGUCCCUUUGCUUUGGGACGAAUUGCUGUUGUCUCUGAAAUAAAGGAACCUGUUUUGUA